AUGAAUUGUGAAGAUGCGAAGGAGUCGGCGCGGCAGAGCUCGCACCACGCGCUGCGCGACACGUGCGCCAACGGGGACGCGGCGCUGGUACGCGCUCUGCUCCAGCAGCUGGGCCCCGAGGCCGCGCUCGUCGUCAACAUGGCGCCCAGCGGCUCCAACACCCUCCUCUUCAUAUACCCCUUCAGCCGUGGUAGGUUGCGCGUCAGACAACAAUGUGGCGUGAAGAGAAAAGGAAUGCCAGUUCUACAAGAGAUUUUAGCAAAAUAUGCGAAUGCCAACCUGGGAAUCGGCGUGAUGAAUGCCGUCGGUUCAAUAGAAAAGGCGUGUGAGGCAGGUCGAAAGGAAAUCGUCAAAGUGCUUCUGGACCAUGAUGCUGAUGGAAGGAUUCACCCCGUUACCAAAUACUCACCUCUAUACAUCGCCUGCUACAAUGGACGGAAGGACAUUGUUGAAAUGCUUCUCAAAAGAUUUCCAGAGCUGAUACAACAACACACUGUAGAGCGGUGGUUGCCAAUUCAUGCAUGCUGCAUCAAUGGCCACACACAUGUCAUGGAGCUCCUGCUGAAGUAUCCCUAUCCACCUCACCUCAUGCAGAAAUACAGAGAUCCUAGUGGAGAUUGGGAAUAUGAAAUGCCUUUUGAUUUGAACAUGAAGGAUGUAACUGGCCAAAGUGCUAUUUAUGUCGCAUCUCUCCUCGGAAAUUACAAGAUGGUUGACCUUCUUCUCAAGUUCCGUGUGAAAGCGAUAAGGAUAAAGAGCAUUAAGGAGAAAGAAGCAGAAGAGGCUAGUGACCAAGCGAAUGCCAAUGAUAUUGUGAGUCCAACUCGUAGGAGAAUAUCUGAUGGCAUUCAGUCCAUCAUGGCCAGAUUAAAUUUACGCUCUGGAGAAACUCAAGGACCUGUGCGCAAUGAAUGUAUGCUGAGUCCACUGCAGGUGAAUGUGUAUUGUAACAACAACAGUGAGACUCCUCUUCAUGCAGCAGUUAAGGGAAAACAUUAUGAAGUUGUUAGUGCAUUGCUGCUCUGUGGGGCAGAUCCUAAUAUGUCCUGUCGGCCUCCAGAACAGGUGUCCUCUCCAGACUGUGAAGAUGCUGGCAGUUCAGUGGGGUCUGUGUCGACAGCACUAGUAGAAGCCUGUAAGAAUAGGGACAUAGGCAUGACAGACCUCCUUUUGCGUCAUGGUGCCCGGGAUGACGACUGCAAAGCACUGAGAGUAGCCACUCACAACCAUGAUGAUAUUCUUACUGCUAAACUUCUGUCCAUCAAGGCAUACCCAGACCCAGAAUACAGACUCAACAAGGCAGCUAUGACAGAAGAAGGACUGCCACAGGUGGGGCACCUAGGAAUCAGCAGCCUCACAUACAGUGCCCUUUUCCCCAACACAGCAGUCAUGGUUAACUGGCACCACCAACAAUGUGAAUUGGCAGAAGUUCGCAAACAAUGGCUGAUUGACGCUGCUCUAACUGUGAAUCCAAAACUGAAGUUAAAUCCAAGAAAUCAAGAUGUUGUAUUGUUUGCUGUCACUAGAAUUGAUCUUUCUAAAAAUGCUCUCACCUGGUUGCCUCUUGUCUUGUUUCAGUUACAUAGUUUAAGAUAUUUGAAUGUUGCCCAAAACAAAAUCGAAAGACUGCCUAUUAGGACUGACAAGGGAGGACUAGCCUCUCCUGCCAAGAAAAGUGGUUCAAAAUCCAAUAAAACUACUGUUACCAAGACUGGCUACACCGCUCCGGUUUUAGAAGAACUGUAUUUGCAGGAUAACCGGUUAGAUCAAAUUCCUGAGGAUAUAUUCCAGCUCCCAUCUUUAGUCACUUUAGAUAUCUCCAACAACAAGCUUCAAACAUUACCGUAUAAUAUGUGGAAAGCUCCAAAACUAAAAGAACUAAAUGCUGCAUUUAAUUUGCUUAGAGAACUUCCAUCCAACCCUCCUGAGAUUGCCUGUGAUGUUCAAAGUCCAGUUCAUAGUGAGAAAGGUUCAUCAUUUGCCGAUAGUGUGGAAAACCUGGAAACAAGUUGCUCAGAAAUAUCAGAAGAUAGUACAUCGGUUAGCGAAGAUCAGUUGUUGGAUGCUCGAGCGCUUCAUGCAUCUUUUAUAAAGACCAAAUCUGUUCAGCACCUUGACAUCCAGCAUCACAACAUUUGGAGCCGCAAUGUUGAGGUGACUGAGCAGAUUCCUCAUGCCGACGGGGAAGGCCAGGAGAAUUGCUCUCAACUGUCUUCUCUCAAUCUCGCCCACAAUCAGUUCAGCUGUGUCCCUCCAGCCCUGCCCUGCCUUGCUGUCAACCUCACCCGCCUCAACUUAAGUUACAACAGCUAUCAGUGGAUGGUAAUAAUCUUAGAUGUAAUAAGUAAUGAAAUGUUUGCCUGUUCUCCAUGGGAUAUUGAACCUGAUUGCCAACCAUACAUUCGUCUUGAAAGUUUGAGGAGCAUGAGUCACAUUACAUCCUAUCCUGGCACCUUAAAACAGUUGGACUUAUCCCACAACCAAGUUUGCUGUUGGCCUAGUCUGCCCCAGAUAGAGUGCUUGGACAGUGCUGAGAUUUCGCAUACAGUAUGUUAUGCACCAAGUGAAGGAACGCUUGGAUCUAGGUCAUCUACCAAAUUACCUCCUUCACUGCCAGGAAGACGAUCUUUGCGCUCAGCUAUUCUGGCUAGUCUUUGUGUACAUAGGAGACAUUUGAGACUGGAUAGUUUACGCACGUUAGUGCUUGCUGACAAUAAAUUAAGCAGACUGCAAUUAUCAACAGAUGAUGAUGGUGCAAGUUCUGUGUCAGAGGACGAUGACAACGAAUGGGAUGUUCUGAAUCCUGCUGCGAAUCAAAGUAAAACUCGACUUAUGUUCCCCAAUCUCAGUAUGCUGGAUGUAAGUAACAAUCAGUUGCGUGAAGUGCCUCACAACAUCCAUGAAUUAGCCAAUCUCUCAGUUUUGAAUGUCAGUGGAAACUCAGGCAAUAAUAAUUCAGAUAUUUCAUCAACCUUCAUUGCAGUUUCUUUUUAUGUAAUUGAAUGCUUUGUAUGCCUCUUAGAUGUGAGUGAAUUGCCUCCACAAAUGGGUCUUUUAUCCCGACUUUGGAACUUGAACACUCGUGGCUGUAGUUUACAAGAACCAUUGAAAUCCAUGAUUGAUUCAAAAAAGUACAAAACUAUGGAUGUGAUCGGAUACCUCAAGUCUGUUUUGGAAGAUGCUAGACCAUAUGCCCGCAUGAAACUUAUGAUUGUUGGUGUUCAAGGAAUUGGAAAGACAUCAUUACUGGAACAGUUGAGACAAGAAGGAGUUGGAUCUUACAAGAAGAAGCCUGUUGAGCACUGGGCAAAACGAAUGGGUAACAAAAACAUAAAUGUGAAGACAUCCCGUGGCACAAAUAUGUCUACAGUAGGUGUUGAUAUUGGAGACUGGGUCUAUGAGAAGAAAGUUAGGGGCCAGUCGUCUUAUGGCCCUGUUGUGUUUAGGACAUGGGAUUUUGGAGGCCAGCGUGAAUAUUAUGCAACACAUCAAUAUUUUUUGUCAAAACGAAGUCUUUACCUUGUUGUCUGGAGGAUUCCUGACGGACAGAAGGGCAUUAAUGAAAUUUUACAGUGGCUAGUCAAUAUUCAGGCACGUGCUCCAAACUCACCUGUGUUAAUAGUCGGAACUCAUUAUGACAUGAUGAGAGAAUACUAUCCAGCCUCAUAUUCUGAAGAAUUGCAGCAGAUAAUUCGAGACAAAUUUAUCAACAUUGUAGAUGCUGAAAAAUGUGGGUUACCUCGUGUUCUUGACACAAUAGAAGUAAGCUGCAAGACUCGUCACAAUAUAAAACUUCUCUGCAGCCUUGUUUAUGACACAGUCUUUAGCUUGAGACCACCUGGGAGCAAAGAGCUGCUGCUUGAGCAGAGAGUGCCAGCCACAUACUUGGCUCUGGAAGACGUUGUAAGUCAUUUAGCAACUGAACGUCGCCUCACUGGUGUAGAUCCUGUUCUCAAUGCUGAACAGUAUAAAGCAGUUGUGACAGCGGAAAUGCAAUAUCGAUGUCAAAGGUCCUUUCGUGAUGCAGCAGAAUUGCACCAAGCCACCCUAUUUUUACAUGAAAACGGAGUUCUCCUGCAUUAUGAUGAUGCUACUUUGAAAGAUCUGUAUUUCUUAGACCCACAGUGGCUUUGUGAUAUGCUAGCUCAUGUUGUAACCAUUCGUGAAAUCAAUCCAUUUGCUCGUACUGGUGUAAUGAAGCUAGAUGAUUUAAAGCAUGUUUUUAAGUCUUCCAACAUGGGCCACAUAGACACACGUGGCUAUAUCGUAAAUCUUCUCAACAAAUUUGAAGUGGCCCUCACAUGGGAUAGUCGCACCUUGUUGAUUCCUUCUCUUCUGCCUGCGGAGGAGCAGCUGCGCGUGACUUCCCAUCAGCAGCUAGUCAGGAUCCCUGUACGGUCUCGAGGCUGGGCAGUGCGUAACAAGAAGAUUGCCAGUUCAAAUGCAUCUACAUUAGUAGGGAACUCGUCUUUUUACACUCAGAGUCCAGAUAAAUUCCGACUACAAAGGCCAGGAUCUGCUCCUGCAAUGUCUAGAAGUCCAGGAGCUGGAUCAAGUGAGGAAGUCGCAGAAACACCACCAGUACCACAGUAUGAACUUACUCAUCGAUCUGAUCCAGAGUGCUCUAUUCGACGUUUGUUAUUGAUGUCAUACUUUCCAAGUGGUUUUUGGUCUCGACUUAUCACACGCAUCCUUGCUGAUGAUGCAAUUGUUGAUAUUGUGAGAUCAUUCUUUGUUAUGCCCAAGGAGGUAGCACAAGAUGCAAAACUUGCCCAGGUUCUUGAUGUUAGGGCUGAAUGGGUUUUGUGGCAAACUGGCAUGGAACUCAAAUAUGCUGAUACUACUUUGUUUCGUAUGAAAGAAGUACUGCAUUCACCAAGAAAUUCCCCUGUUGACUAUCGACAACUGAGGUUCCGCUUGAAACAAGAAGGCACUUGGUGUGAUGUGGAUUUGGCAAGCUCUUCUAUUUUAGAGAUAUAUUUCCCAGUAGAUACUAUUGUGAUUAAAAGGCCUAUUACUGAUGAAGCAAGUGCUGGGGAAGCUAUUGGUUACCAGGCUAUUGUUCUUGAUCCAAGUCCUGAAUGUACUACUCAACUUCUUGCUCUAGCUGUAGAUCAUAUAGAUAUUCUCCUUGAAGACUGGUAUCCAACUCUGGGAACUCGUUUUGUGCACACAUCCGAGGGCAAGUUCCUUGUGACCCGUCUGGUCCCGUGUCCUCGAUGCCUAGCUCCACAGGCUGACACUGAGCUGCUGCAGCAACAGAAGGCUGACAGAGAUGGAUGGCCAGCCCCAGGUCAGGAGCAGCCACCGCCAGGAGCACCGACGCCUCUGCAGACUGGACUGGCAGCCAAGACUCUGGCUGAGGCAUUUCAUCGAGCUGAAAAUGAACAAUUUGGAAGUCGCCAAGUUCGCAAAUCUCAAGAAAGCUACACUUCGGAAUGUGACAGUGGUGUGGGACCAGACAGUGCAGGUUCAAGUCGCAAACACUCAGUGGAAGGGCAUCCAGGAAUAGGCACUGAUGAGUCUGCAUCAACCGAAGAAACAGAAUCUCACCCACUCUUUAGUUGGAUCAUAGAAGAGUGUAUCCUGGCUGCAUAUGACCGAAAAACAGUCACUUGUCCAUCUCAUGGUGAUAUUCCUUUGGCACAAGUUGCUCCUGACACUAUUUUCUUGGAUCUAGGAGAACGUCAUCUUGUUCGACCUGAGAAUAUUCGUCGGGGUCGAUUAUUAGGUCGUGGAGCGUUUGGGUUUGUGUUCAGAGGGACAUGUCGAGUUCGAGGGACAAGUCAAACCAUUGAUGUAGCGAUGAAGAUGUUGCAACCAGUGCAACCCGGAGCGAAUGCUCGGCAGUCAGCCCUCAUUGCUUACAAAGCUGCACAAGGAAAAUGGGACAGAGAUCCUCUUCAGUAUGCUUGCAAAGCCUACUGCACUGCCCGGCAAGAACUGAAUAUUCUUCUAAGUUUGCGACAUGCUAACAUAGUGCCUUUGGUGGGAGUAUGCACUCGUCCACUAGCUUUAGUUCUUGACUUAGCCCCUCAAGGUGCACUGGAUGCCACGCUUAGACACUACCGCCGUUCAGGUGCUCGCUUUGGGGUGUUCUGCCUGCAAGCCAUUAUCCUUCAGGCUGCAAAAGCUAUCGAAUAUCUACAUCAACAGCAUAUUAUCUACAGAGAUCUCAAAUCUGAAAAUGUUCUUGUGUGGGAGAUGCCUCCUCCGUUUCAAGAUGGACCUGAAAGUUCUGUUCAUAUCAAACUUGCUGACUAUGGUAUCAGUCGGCUGACGUUACCUUCGGGAACAAAAGGCUUUGGUGGAACAGAAGGGUUUAUGGCUCCAGAGAUCAUGCGUUAUAAUGGGGAGGAGGAAUAUACUGAAAAAGUGGACUGCUUUUCCUUUGGAAUGUUUAUCUAUGAGCUUUUGACCUUGCACCAGCCAUUUGAGGGCCAUGAGUCAGUCAAGGAAUGCAUUUUGGAGGGAGGAAGACCUCCACUCACGUACAGAGAAACCUUAUACCCCAGCCUAAUGUUGGAUCUGAUGGUACUGUGUUGGUCCCAAUCUCCUCGUGACCGACCGUCUGCCAGUCAAAUUGUGUCAAUUGCUUCUGCUCCUGAAUUCACACAUCUUGGAGACACUGUAUCAUUAAAUCAUGGAGGGUCUGUUGUGGCAACAACAGCAGUAAUUCUACCAGAAAUUGCAGAAGAAGGCGGUUGCAGUGCAGAACUCUGGAUGGCAUGCUCCAACGCACGAGUGGACCUCCUGAUGGGCUCUCCCAGAGGAUGGUUGCAGUAUUGCACCCUCGCCCUUCCACAACACCCUACAGCUGCGUGUACAGUUGAUGGUAAUGUCUGGAUUGGAGACAGCAUGGGAGCUAUUCAUGCAUAUAUAGGAAAAGACUGCUGUAAGUUGUUCAGCUACACUUUGGAUCCUGAGGCUCCUGAAACGUGUGCAGUGUGUGCCAUGGUUCCACUACCAGUUCUGCAAAGAGUGGCAGUGGCGCUCUCAAAUGGGCGUUUAUUCCUUGUGCGUUCUGACCUCUUGCCUACGUCUCCCACCAUGGGAGAAGGUUCCUUUGUGAUGACAGAACUUGGAAGCAGCCCUGCAUUACAUUCCCUUACUGCCAUUUUCCGGGAACAAGGCCGAGUGUGUGAAUUAUGGUGUGGAGAAGCCCAAGGAAACAUUUCAAUUUUCACUAUUCGUGAAAAUAUUGUAACAUCACAUGAUGUGGUGAAUCAUUACGAUCCCAUCAUAGAAAACAUUUGUGUUCUGAAUUUAGUGUCAACACAUUCCCCAGUGUACUAUGAUAGUGAAGAUGUCUCUGUUUGUUCCUAUGUUUAUCCAGGUAAAUGGGAUACAAAUUCUCAUACUAUUUUGAAUAAAUUGGACUGCUCCAAACUUGUGCCUUGUUCAGAAAGUCUCAAGUCAAUAAGCAUUGAGGAACACUUGAGUCCGGGAAAAUGCCAGGUUACCAGUCUUGCAAUUCUGAACAAUGAACUCUAUGUGGGAACAACUUGGGGUUGCAUUGUAGUUGCAGAGCGGUCCACUAUGCGUCCUAUCACAGUCUUCCGACCUUUUGAAGAAGAGGUGCGAGCUAUUGUGCCCUUCAUUCGGCCAGGCAAGCAACAGCAUGCAUCCUCAGAGUCUACAGAUGAUGAUUCAAGGAAUCGCCGUUCACUUUCACCCAUGAUAGCUACAAUUGGUCGUGGCUAUCGAAGUCUCAUUUCUCGAUACACAGACACUGUCAUGACUCCAACUCCUCUAGUGCAAAGCCCUUCUCAUACCCAGCAUGAUGCUCGCAGUCAACACAUGCAUGCUCUUUUGUGGAGAGCUGAACAUUGGGCAGCUGCGUAAUUGAAGAAUACAGAGGCACAAUUAUUUUUUUACUUGUGUUCCUUUUAACUUGAUAACUGAUAGAUAUAAAUUGAUAUUUGUAAGUUUGGUGAUGUAUUAAAUUGGCCCUUUUUUUAUUUUUAUAUUCAGCCCAUAGUUUCAGGAAUGGAAAAUGUUUUACGUUUUCAAGCUGCAUUAAAAUGAGAUUUUUGUUAAGUUUUUAUCAACUAAUUGACUUUAUAUUAAUAUUUCUGUAAUAUUAAUUAUAUAUUUCUCAACCAUGAUGUUGUGGUGAGCAGCUUACUUGUUCUAUAUUAAAAUAAUUGUUCACUUUUACCCUCCAUAUAUAUAAGGAAUCAAGUUGUUGAUUUAUAUUUUCAUACAAUCAAACAUUUACUAGGAACAUUUCCUGAAAGUAAAAGUGUAUAUUUUAUUUCAGUAAUCAAAAAUGAAAUGCAUAUUUGAUGCAAAUAAUGAAAUGAAAAAUGAAUUUAAUGUGUUUUGUGUCUUUUUAUGAAGAAUAAUAUUGAAGUUGGAAGUUUUGAGUGUUUAAGAGGCAAGCAUUAAUCUUGGCGUUUUCAUAAGGAUUCUUCUUUUGUAAUGACUGUAGAUUGACAAUAGUUUGAUGAACCUAUUGGUUUGCUCUGUUAAUAUAAUAAGUGUUGUGAGAUGCAUACCUUCCAUUGAAUUUUUUCUAUUCAUUUUGAAGCAGCUAAUAUAUACAUACAUUCUGCAGGAUCCUGUGAUUUCAUAUAAAUGAGUGUGUACAUUCAAUGAAAUGUCAUUCAUUGUAUAUUAUUGUUGGUUGUCUCAGUUACUAUAAAUUGAUUGUGAAGAAAUUACAAUAUUUUUUGGAAAAACAUAUUAUAGUGUACUGUGAUUUACAAGGUUGCAACAAAGUAGUUUUAGAACAUGGUUGUGUUUUUUGGAGUUCCGUAGUACAAAAGUGUAUGUGAUUUAAACAUACUUGUGAAUAUGGUUAAAGUUAGGCUUGUUAUGCUCUCAAGUUGAAUAUUUCAAAAUGUUCCACACUACACAAUAUAUUAUAAUGCCAUCCUUUGUUAAAAAAGGUAUGGUUAACUGAAAAUUAUUUUCAUGCAGGAUUCUAAAAAAUACAAAAGAAGAGUCUGGAGAUAUUGGGAGUGUAAGAGAAUAAAAAUAUAAGAUGUGAAAGGUUGGUUGAAAAACCUGAUUUGUAGUUCCUUGUGCUGUGCACAUGAAGUCAUUACAAAAUAUUUAUGUUCAUUUGAUUUUCUUAUAUCCUACUUAUAUUUCAUUGUAUGUGAAGCAGAUUCAAAAAAUGCCCAUGCCUUUAACAUUGUACUUCUGUGUGAUACAGUAAUUGGGAAAAAAAAGAGAGAAAAUAUGUUAAAAUUGAGAUUGAAUUCACAACAAAUUAAAAUCAAUACGAUCUCUGAAGACUUUUAAAUCAAACUUGCAGGAUAAUAAAGAUUAUUAUCUCUGAUGUUGUUGAAUUAUGACCAGAUUUGGGCUGGUCCUGUUGAUCUCAUUAAUGUCUGUAUUGUCCAAAUGUCGCCUUAAUUCAUUCUUAUAGAAUGCAUUUAGAAAAUCUGUACAUAUUUAUUGUAAUUUUGCUUUAUUGUUCCAAGCAAUAAAGUUAUUUAUGUGCCCAAUUAUGUGAAAUUUUUAUUUCUUAAAUUAAGGGGGGAAAUUGU